AUGCCCGCCAUUAGCGGCGACGUUAACAAGGCCUUACUUCUUAGCCAUCUUCUUCUUCUCGGCUCUCCUACGCCUAUUGGCCGCGUCGGUCUCGAGGCCCUCGUCAAUGGAUCCCAGCAAGUCGUCCAUGGCUACGUCAGGGAGUGUUGGAGGAGAAGCCUGAGCGUUACCGAUAGUGAUAGAGUCGAACUCCUCGUCGUCGAGGUUAUCGAUCUCCACGUGACAUGUAGAGAAAAUGUUAACGACAAGGGCGGAGAAGGGCAUGAAGGCGCCUCCUCUGAGGCAGGAGACGGGCGAUUUAACGUAGACGCGCAAGCAUAUGAGAUUGAGCGCACAGACAUGACGACAGAGUAUGAAGAGCAGAGUUGGCAGAGUUGGAGCAAAGCAGUCGAGCAAAGCGCUUGUUAUGUAAAGUCGAAGAACUGUCAGACAUGGAGAGAGGACAAAGGUACUCGCUGUAAUGUGAAGGCCGCUCCCCGAAGCAAAUUCUGCAAGGAUCACGGUCAGGAGAAACAGGAGUCAUAUGAAAAGUACAAGUCGGCGCACAAAAGGUAUCAUAAACGCCUAGAGGGUCGCAGCAUCCCUUCAAAAGUGGAAAUCGAUCAACUUCCAACCGUCCAGAUCAUAUCGGAUACGGAAAUCUGGGUGCGCAUGGUUUUGGAGGAGAUACGGGCUGAGAAGACAGAACGAGAAGAGCAUACCAAGAAAUUUUUUGCAGGAGAGGUAGGAAACAGAAAACACCGAGACCGCGUGGAUAGACUAGAAGAGCGGAUUGUGGAAUGUGAGAACGCCCUCGCCACCCUGGAAGCCCGAAAGAAGACGCUCCAAGUAGUUGCCGAGAACGAUCAUGACUUUGUUAGAACGUUCACGGUUUCUCCUCCGAUAGACAAUAACGACAGUGGGACCGAGAUCCUUACUCAGAGAACAGUCGGCAACAAAGAAUCAUUCGAGUGCGAAUUGGUCCCAUGUCACACCAGUAUUCGCCGCUGCGCGUCGGUGGACUCAGUUUAUUCUAUGUGGGAGGACAUUCCAGCGAUGCUUCAGCUAUUAUCGAACAAGUCCACGACGUGGUCUUCCAUCGCCGAAGGUCAGUCAGCAUCAUGCACCGAUGCAGAUUAUGUUACUGACUAUGCAAUUAUGAGUCCAUCGAAGGUCCCGACUAUGGUGCAAAAAGAGAUAGGCCCGUCUAGCGAAGGCUGA